AUGGAGGAAGAAACUUUAAAUAUUCGGACACCAAUCACCUUCGAUGAGUCUAUAGCGCACUGCGAAAUGCAUGCACACCAGCCUUACGCAUCGUCAACAUUCAACAACAGUGAUGAAAUACGAAUUUCCGUCCAACAUCAAGACUUGUGUUUACUAUCGAGUAGAAGUUCGCUGCAUGUAUAUGGAAAGCUCGUCAAGGAAGAUGGUUCUACGGCGGCUACAAACACAACGUUAAUUAAUAACGGCAUUUUUCAUCUUUUUGAUGAGAUUCGCUAUGAAAUGAAUGGUAUAGAGAUCGAUCGAAAUAAGAACGUUGGUCUUACGAGUCUCAUGAAGGGCUACCUUUCCCUGACUCCUGGUCAACGCUCGUUGAUGGAUAACGCUGGUUGGAUGCAAAGUGAUAAAUUGACCGAUGCAGCUGGUUACUUUGACGUAUCCAUACCGCUGAGUAUCAUACUAGGCUUUGCCGAAGAUUAUCGCAAGAUCGUCGUAAACGCUAAGCACGAGUUCAUUCUAACGAGAAAAAAGAGUGAUGUCAAUGCCAUUGUACAAAGUGCUCCGGAAGAAUGCAAAGUUGUAAUUCAAAAAUUGGAAUGGUUGAUACCGUACGUAAAGGUUUCCUAUCGUCGAAAGAUAGAACUGCUGAAAUUCGUCGAGAAGGAUGCACCCAUCCCUAUGAGCUUCCGCACUUGGGAACUGUACGAGUAUCCUCUACUCCCUACCACAUCCAAACACGUGUGGACCGUCAAGACGUCCAGUCAACUUGAAAAACCUGGAUACGUCAUAUUGGGAUUCCAAACUGGAAAAAAGAAUAAUAAAAAUAAGAAUACCAGUCACUUUGACCAUUGCAAUGUCAAAGACGUUAAACUCUUCUUAAAUUCGCAAUGCUACCUCUAUGGAAACUUAAACCUUGACAUUGAUCGAAAUCAGUUUGCUCUGCUGUACGAAAUGUAUCUAAACUUUCAAGCUACUUAUUACGGCAAAGAGCCUGAGCCCAUCCUGAGGAAGAGUGAUUUCCUCGUUUAUGGUUCACUAAUUGUCAUCGAUUGCUCCAAGCAAAAUGAGUCGCUCAAAUUUGGACCAGUCGACUGGUGGGGUGAAAAAAGUAGUAUAAAAACCCUACGAUCAUCUCUAUGCAAGCAGUCUACCACAAUGGAGUUCAUCGUGGACGUACAAGGUUUCAAGAAACCCUCGGACGAGUUUGUCUUGAAGGAGCUGUCUGUGAUUGGAGUGGGUAGCGAUUUCUCCGAGCCUGCGACGUUUCUGUUUCAACCACCGUGUUCAUGGGGCUCUCUUCCGGUGAAAUACAAGUGCAUGAAUUUGUGGUUACAAUGCAACUUUCAUGGUAUCUCUUAG